CUCAUGUAACUGGUUUUUGCAGCCGACGCACAUGGGCAAUGUGGUGGAGCCGGUGCACCCGUCUGGGGGUGCCACCAUGUCCUGUCGAGGGUCCUCGUCUUCGUUUACGAUCGCCCCCAAAGCCAAACGGCACCCGGCGGCAAUCACAACGGGGCAUAUCUUGUUUGUCGGGUUGGACGGAAGUGGCAAAACCAACCUCGUGCAAGGGCUUGCGAAUAUGUGUACCCCCACAACCCCCAUCGACAAAGACCAGCAUGUGUGGGCCACAUCAAACCCCCUGCCCAGUCGAUUUCCGGUGAUCAAGUCGGUACAGCUCAAUCGACGCGAGGUUAACCUGCUCGCCGUGCCAGGCAGCCGAGACUUGCGAUAUCUCUGGUACACAAGUUUGACCAGAGACGAAAUCAGCGCUAUAUGUUUUUGUGUGGACAUCAGCGACACGAUCCGGUUUCCGCUCGUGGCGUUGGAACUGCAACGACUCCACGAGUUCCAACACUCAAACAAUCUCGCGACGUCUUGGUUGUUGUUUACCAAAUCCGAUUGCAUCCAAGUAAAGAAGGGCACCGCCGUGGAUACGUACGAGCGGCUCAAAACGAUAUGCACCCAGCUGAAAAAAGAACCGUGCAAUUGGGGGUUUACAGUCAUGCCCCUGGUGAACUCCAACCUUGAAGGAAGCCUCUUGGAUGUGAAAAAUUGGAUUCAGGAAACUUUGCCCCCGAAACCGUAGAGAUAACUGUGGCAAGCGACCACCAGCUUAUCUAACUAACUGGUAGUUCAACGGGAGGACAUUUGUUCUUCGCAA